AUGGGUUCCUCUAGGAAUGAUGAUACGGAGAUGAGAGAGAUAUUCCAGCAAGUAGAUUGGCUUUCAAAUGAUUCUCGACUCACGCGCGAUGAACAAAAGACGAUACAGUCUCGUCUGUCGAUGGAACAGCUGCACUCCUCAUCGUCACGCAGUUCACGAAGGGUGCCGGAAAAUGUCGUCAUAGCUAACGAGCCGUCUAAUGCUCCAGUGCUCGAUUCAAUAUCCACGGAGGAUCAAGAUCGCACCGUUAACCGUAAACUUCGCGGCCUCCACAUUUUUAUGAUCACUAUCAGCGGUAUUCUUGGUAUCGGACUGUAUGUGAGAAGUGGUCUAAUCCUCCGGUUAGGAGGGCCGGCGGCGGUGCUCAUUUCUUUCACGGUUUUGGGCUUGCUGGCUUGGUUAGUGAUGCAAUGCCUUGGAGAAAUUCUCACCAUAUGGCCAAUCUCCGGCGCCUUGAUAGAAUUCGUUGGGACCUUUGUUGAUGAAGAUCUGGGUACCACCGUUGGUGUCUUAUACUGGCUCUCCUACUCGAUUAAUUUCGCGGCCAUCAUUCUUGCUGCAGCCGGAGAGGUAAGCUUUUGGAAUCCGGGAAAGGCGAUUCAAGGGACUAUCAUGUUCUUUGUAGUUCCCUCCUUUCUUAUCAUCUUGAACAGUUUUGGAGUCCAGAUAUACGGCCUGACUGAGAUUAUCGGAGGUUCCCUGAAACUGAUCGGUGUCCUCGUAGUCAUCAUUGUUAUGAUUGUGAUCAACUUGGUUCUGGUAAUCAUAUUGGUACAAAGUACUACAAAAUAUGGUCCAAUGUUCCCUCAUGACCCCGCUGUUGCUAACAGCUGGGUGGCUGCCUUGUUUAUCUCAUUCUCCAUCGCAGCUUUUGCCUACGUUGGUGUGGAAAUCACUGCUGCAGCUGCAUUGGAAGCCCGCAUUGAUGACCAGUCUCGAAACACCGCACCUAGUUACGAACCCAGCGAGAGAUCGAAAAACGUGGCUAACCGGCGAGUAUCAGUACGGUUCUCAUCGACAUGGACAGCAUUCAUUGUGUGGAUCAUUUACUUCGUGGGGGGGCUAUUAUUGACCUUGAACUUAUCGUGGGAUGAUGAUCGAUUGCCUCAAGUGAGUGGCUCGACCACCCAGAGUAACUCAACCUCCAAUACAGACUCCGGGUUUGUUCUCAGUGCAUACUCGUCCAACAUUCCUGGUCUCGCCGACCUGGUAACUGUCAUUACGUUCAUUACAGCGCUGACGUCUGCGAAUACCAAUUUAUACGUUGCAUCACGGACACUCUUCGGGUUGACCCGCAAACUAGACGGAAGCCGCUGGAAAUGGCUUGCGUUUUUCGGGCGGACAAACAGUUACCAAGUACCUGUGCGAGCGAUGUUCCUGUCCUGUUUCUUUAUUUGGGUACCAUUCUUGUACCUGUCUCCAAGCAGUUCCACAACCAUCACUGAUCUUCUUGAUAUCCUGUCUCAAAUGGGCUCUGUCUGUUGUAUAAUAGUCUGGUCCUGUGAAUGUGGGGCAUAUAUCCGUUUCUACAACUGCAUGUACUUACAUAGAAACGAGUUACAGGAGAAACCCCAGUACCGCCACGUAUGCCGAUUCCGCCGUGACGAGCUCGAUGCUUACCCCUGGCGUUCGCACGGCCAGCCUCUCACGAUGUAUGUGGCUCUGGCUGGAUGUCUUUUUGUUCUCUUCGUCGCCGAUGGUGCGGCCCUCUGGGCAGGGUUCCAUUAUACUUCUUUUAUUUCAGGGUACCUUGCACUGUUGGUAUUUCUCGCGCUGUGGCUAUUCAUCAAAAUCUACCGUUCCGGAGGCUGGCAAUUCGUUUCCUGGAAACUCGAAGAUCUAUCAAACUUUAACAUGGUCAUGCAGAAGAUCGAUCGAUUAGACGAGAUCAGGCAUCGUGCUACAACGAAGGAGGUUGAUCAGCGUAAACCAGCAUGGCGUAAUCUAUGGGGUAUACUGUGA